AUGAUUGCCAAACACAGAAUUGGAACAUAUUAUCUCAUUGCAAUACUUGUCGACGGGCCAGGGCUGGCAGUCGCAGCGCGUGGCUCCAGCUCCAGCAUCCUGUGCCGUGCCAGGAAAACUGGCAGAUACCUCAACGUCAACGACGGGGUCGCAGGCUGCUGCGAACUUUGCAGCUUGGAUCACGACCUGACCAUCCACCACUUGAUCCCAAAGGUGCACUGGAAGCGAAUGAAGAAGCGCCGGCAGGUCUCAGGCAAAGAUGAGCCGCCGACGGCGAUUCUAUGCAGGACCUGCCACAGCAAGGUGCACCGCACCUUCGCUCACAGUGAGCUUGGGCGCAAGUACAACACGAUUGAGGCACUCGGAGAGGCACCAGAGCUGCAACGAUAUUUGGAGUCUCGUCGACCAUGGGGCCAAGCACAAGCCAUGGCCAGGCGGUGA